GGCCCGGCGGCGCCCGCCAUGCUCCGCCUCCGCAGCUGCUGCAUCGUCGCCCGACUCAUCUCUCCCCCCUCCGCGUCUUCCAUCCCUCCUCUCCACCGCCUCCUCUCCACCACGGUCCCGGUUCCGGCAAACCCUGGCUUCGCCGUGGAGGAGUACCUGGUCGACACCUGCGGCCUCACCCGAGCACAAGCGCUCAAGGCCUCCGCAAAGCUCUCCCACCUCAAGUCCCCCGCCAAGCCCGACGCCGUCCUCGCCUUCCUCGCCGGCCUCGGCCUCUCCGGCGCCGACGUCGCCGCCCUCGUCGCGCGGGAUCCCAAGUUCCUCUGCGCCGGCGUGGAGACGACCCUGUCCCCCAUCGUCGUCGAGCUCACGGGCCUCGGGCUGUCCCCUUGUGACAUCGCCCGGCUCCUCACGCUCGCUGCCAACACCCACCUCCGCAACAAAUCCGUCGUCUCCAAGGUGGACUACUACCUGCGCCUCUUCGGCUCCUUUGAGGAAUUCCUCCGGGCGUUCAAACGUAACCAUCAUCUCCUCUCGUGCAGCCUCGAGAGGGUGGUCAAGCGGAACGUCGGGUUACUGCAGGAGUGCACGCUAGGUGCUUGUGAUAUUGGCAAGCUAGCCGUGUCUGUGCCAAGGAUGCUCACCGCCAAUGUGGAGCAAAUCCGGGCGAUGGUGGCCAGUGCUGAAGCUUUAGGUGUGCCUCGCGGGUCUGGGAUGUUCAGGCAAGCUCUGCGGUCUGUUGCAUUCCUCAGCGAGGAGAAGAUCGCCGCCAGAACGGACUACUUGAGGAAGACGUUUAGGUGGUCGGACGCUGAGGUUGGCAUUGCUGUGUCCAAGGGUCCAUUUGUGCUCGUGUCGUCAAAGGACACGCUGAAGCGCAGGUCUGAGUUCCUUAUCUCUGAGGUGGGGUUGGAGCCGGCGUACAUUGCUCGCCACCCAUCAUUGCUCAGUUAUAGCUUGGAGGGCCGGCUCAGGCCCCGGUACUAUGUUAUGAAGUUUCUUACGGAAAACGGAUUGCUCAAGCGUCACACGUGCUACUAUACAUUUGUCAAGGCCACCGAGAUGGAAUUCUUGGACAAGUUCAUAUGCCCUUACAAGGAAGCUGCACCACACCUUGCCGAAGACUAUGCAGCUGCUUGCAAAGGGGAAGUGCCAACUAGAUUCGGAUUUACAUGAACCAAGAAUGGGCUAUGAGUUGGGUAAACUCUGUACGGUGCAACAAAGUUUUCAUUGUGUGGUAAGCUGGCAAUUCCUAUUUCGGUGUACUUUGCCUAAUUGGAUGUUGGUCUUCCACUCUGUUAGAUGCUGGUAUGGUCGUUGCUAAUGGUUGGUUAAACUGGUGAUUUGAAUCCUGAAUCUUAGUGUAUCAUUUGGUAGAGAAGAAAUCAUGUCUUGUUGCCUUGUUA